CAGGCUUUGCGCACAGCCGGUGGCUCUUGAGGCUCAUACCACUGACACUUCCGCUCUGGUUAGUGUGUGUAUGUGUUAUUUUGUUAAUCUGCGAUUACGGUGCUGCGUCGUUGAGCUUCCGCAGCCUGAAAUGGCCACCCCCGGCCCAGAGAGCUCACCUUCUAGGGCUCUGACAGUUCACAAGCCGGGAUCCGCUGCCCUGGCCGUGCCCUGUGAGAGGGUGGAUAAGGGUGAGAGCACGAAGCCCAAAAAAAAGGUGUUGUGCGAGGAGACGUACAUACAGAACCUGCAGAAAAUCAUCCAGAGAGAUUUCUUCCCAGAUGUGGAGAAGCUGCAAGCUCAGAAAGAAUAUUUAGAGGCUGAAGAGUCUGGGGACCUUGAGAAGAUGAGGCAAAUAGCUAUCAAGUUCGGGUCUUCUGGGAAAUGUUCUCGGGAAUCUCCUUUACCUUAUGCGACACCUGCCACUUUUGAAACACCUGCUGGUAUUCCAGGUACACCUUCACUGAUUGCUAAGCAAAGAGCAGGAGAUGAAGGGGACUGCGAGAAAACGGAUGAGGAUGGCAAGGCACUUCCUGGCCUUGAUAAUUUUUUAGCAAAACAUACAAGUGAGGACAACGCUUCCUUUGAGCAGAUAAUGGAGGUUGCAAAAGAGAAGGAGCGGAGUCGGAAUUUCUGGCUGUACGAAGCAGAGGAAGAGUACAAGCAGCGAUAUCAACAAAGUCUGGCCCUCCCUUCCAUUGAAAUGCAAGCUAUCGAGUGUGGAAGAGCAGGUCUUGACACCUGGGACUACAAAACCCAUAACUCCCUCAUGUACUAUCCUGAAGGUGUACCAGAUAAUGAUGCUAUAUUCAAGAAACCCAGGGAGGUGGUGCAUAAAAACACACGUUUGCAGAAAGACCCUUUCAGUCAAGCUCUUAGUAAAACUCAGCUCCAACAGGCAGCGGCCUUAAAUGCACAGUACAAACAAGGAAAGGUUGGUCCUGAUGGGAAGGAACUCAUACCACAGGAAUCUCCAAAAGUCAAUGGAUUUGGAUUUGUGGCCACUCCAUCACCCGCCCCAGGUGUAGAUGACUCCCCACUAAUGACGUGGGGUGAAGUUGAGAGCACUCCUUUUCGUUUGGAUGGCUCAGAGACUCCAUAUCUGGAGAAGGCACCUGGACCGUCAUUUAAGAUUCUGGAGCCUGGUCGCAGAGAACGUCUGGGUUUAAAAAUGGCCAAUGAAGCAGCAGCAAAGAACAGGGCAAAUAAGCAAGAAGCUUUAAGGAAGGUGACCGAGAACCUUGCCAGUCUGACCCCCAAAGCAGUCAGCCCAUCGAUGUCUCCUGCUCUUCAGCGUUUAGUGAAUAGGACUUCAAGUAAAUACACAGAUAAGGCUCUGAGGGCCAGCUACACCCCAUCACCUGCACACACGGGCUUGCAUGCCUGUAAAACGCCUGGAGGCUCACGUUUAACACCUACUGUUACCCCCACUCCAGGGGCUGCUUCUCAGACUCCCACUGUUCCUGAUCCCACCUCCAUCACUGAUAACUUGUUACAUUUGCCUAAACGAAGAAAAGCAUCAGACUUCUUCUGAGGAGGGAGGGGUAUGGUUGCUGACAAGACUAUAUCUACCCGAGAGUCUGGGCCAAAUUUGGAUUGUUAGGUGAAGAUUGAUGGACCAGGCAUUCAAAAUUACAUCUCUUUUUGGAGAUUGAAAGUGGAAAUGCUAAUUUACUAGCAGCUUUUUUUUAUAAUUUAAACAAAUGUCACUAAAACUAAUCUAAAUGUUUCUGUGGUACACCUUUUUUGCAUUUUGUAAUGUUAAGAAAAUGAUAAACCAUUUUAUCAGUUGGA